AUGUCCGAGUCAUCUGCGCAACUGCAAUAUGGUCUCAAUGCUGUCUAUUGUGGAAAUUGGUUCACAGCACUACAUUCUGGUACUACAAGAACUAUCCGCACGAUCCCAGGCGAAUCAAAAUCUUGGUUGCGACCUUAUGGCAAGUCCCUCAUUCUUGACUUGUUUCAUGCUGCAUGUGUGGCCCAUAUGGUAUACGAAAUAAUAUUUGCAGCCGCUCUCAGUGGCAGCACCACAAUCUUCACUGCGCAACUACCUUGGUCUGUCAUGAUGAUGCAUGGACUGACUAGCGGUCCUCAGGGAAUGACACUAGUAACGGCGCUCGCGGAUAUCCUCAUUCGAUUUUUCUACUGUUACAGAAUUUGGACCAGUAUGCAUCUAUUACAUGACUCUGCAUCUCCAAUUCUGAUGUCUGUUCGUAAUGAGCAGAUGGUCAAUUUGGCUAGGGUUCAUGACCUUGCACAAGUAGCGUUGCUCUCAACGGACUUCUAUGUAGACAUGGCCUUGAUCGUGUUCAAUGACACCGCUCUGUCAGUUGUUCUCAUUGUCCUAUUGUGGCGAAAGCGGCGCUUCACUGUUAAAAGGACUGCUUCGCUUCUGAACACACUGAUAGUGUAUACUGUCACAACUGGGUUUCUCACCAGCCUGCUUGCAUUGGCAAUGCUAAUUACAUUUGCUACUGAUCAAGGGCUGGCUUACCUUGGGAUGUUCAUUGUCUUAAGCAAACUCUUCCUCAACUCUUGCCUGGCCACUCUUAAUCAGAGGCGAACCAAUAAAAGAGAUGAAGACGAUACAAUUUCCAUUUCAAUGAAGCACAUGGACUUUGCACCCGGAGUCACGCCGACAAUGGCUACAGGCAUACAGGUUCUGGUGAAGAACUAUGAGGGUGAAUCCACAAACCAUCCAUCCACAAGCUACUCUUUCGACAGAGUUUGA